AUGCCGCCACGCAUGAUGCUGGAUGUGGAUGAGGUGGACACAGAGAAUUCGGUCUGCAUGACGUGGUCCAUCGAUCCCAGCGGCACCAUGCGACAUCGGAAGACCGGGACGAAGGUGUCGACCAAGGAGGGCAUCACGUUUGAAGGCACGGAGUAUCGGCUUUCGCCCGAGGACAUUGAGCUGGAACCAGACUCACACCUCGGAGCCGGUGCUUGCGGCGUUGUGAUGAAGGGCGUGAUCAAACAGAGCGGUAUUCCCGUGGCCGUCAAGACAGUGAAGGUUGAUGACCAGGCCAAACGGGAACAGCUGAUCAACGAGAUCCGCGGGCUGGUGGCUGCUGAUGGCUGCGUGAAUUUGGUCCAUUGGUACGCAGGGUUCAUGUCCAAGCGCACCAUGAUUGUGCACGUGGCGCUGGAGUUUAUGGACUUGGGCAGUCUGGCAGACUUGAAGAAACGCUUGGGCGGCUAUGGCGUGGAGCCGGUGUAUUUGUCCAACAUCACCGCGCAGAUCAUGAAUGGCCUGGACUAUUUGCACAAGAAGAAGAUGCUUCACAGAGACAUCAAGCCCGAGAACAUUCUCCACAAUCGCCAGGGCGAGGUGAAAUUGACGGAUUUCGGCAUCGCCAAGGAUUUAGACCAAACCCUGGCAAUGGCUGGCACAUUCGUGGGCACUGUGACCUACAUGUCCCCGGAACGAUGCCUAGGCCAAGACUACUCCUUUGCCUCAGACAUUUGGAGUGUUGGCAUGGUGAUCUUCGAGCUCAGCACCGGAAGAUAUCCAUUUGCGGACGUCACCUCCUUUGUGGUCCUCUUUGAUCAUCUAUGCGAGCAACCAGAACCCAGGUUGGACCCUGAAUACUUCCCUGCGGAGCUGGUGGAGUUUGAUGCCUAUUGUUUGACGAGAGAUGUGUCAAGACGCCCAGAUACAGAAUUCCUGCUGGCGCAUCCCUUUGUGACCUACAAUGUGCCUACUGUUGAGCAGCUGGCCGAAUGGCUGGUGAGCUUCAGUGGAUGA